UUUGGAUCUUUUUUUAUUAAGAGCGUAGCAGCUUUCGCCGAGUGUUCAAGGAAGGGUAGCCAGAACCUGUUUUCCCCCUGCUCCUUACGCCGUCCCCUCGCAUUCUUGCCUACCCACCACCUGGGCUUGUUCGUUUUCAUGGUCAGAAAGCCGGUUUUCAUUUGGGAAAAGGAGUAGAACGAACUACGAGACCAGCCACUAGGCUAAGCACUUCACGUGUAUUAUCUCAUUAAUCCACAUUGCACUCUAGAGAGGUGCUGUUGCUGUUCUCAUCUUCUCGGGAAGAAACGCGCUAAAUCACUAGUCCGCGUGUUCUCUUCAGCUUGUCUCUGACAACUUAAAUUGAGUGUGGCAUUCGAUUUCCUUGGACAUAACAUUAGAAAGUGGUAUUCCUUGUAAAAUGUUGCUCCUGUUUUCUAACUUGAGGUUCAGAAUACAGCGUACCUACAAGUAAGUUGAUUGUUUUUAUCGAGGUAAAAUGAUGUAGUAGAAAGACUUAGGAGUAGAAGCCACUUCCUAAACCCUUGACCGGGGAAGUCUUCAGGUGCAGAAUCGAAAUGAAUACCAGCCUUGUCUACUUCCUAGAGUUGUGAGGAUCAAAUGAAAAGUGGAUCUAAAAUGUAAAUUACGGAUGUUAACUACAUAUGACUUUGUGCUUUUCGAAUUCUUUCCUGUAGAGGCUAGACUAUCGUUUGAACUUAGAGCAUAGAGUAUGUACCAGUGGUAGUAACAUGCAGCCUAUUACUACUUAAGCCUGUGUGCCCCAUUUGCCUGCUUGCUUAGGGUUCAGGACAAUAUUCCUUGUAGUAAGUGCAAGUCAUGUUUGUCUGGUUUAUAUUCUUACCUUAGGCGGCUGUAAAACAAAGUAGAUCUGCCCACAUGGCUGCUUUUGUGAAUUCUUUUCUCUCCCCUGGUAUUGUUACCCAUGCAGUUUGAGUUGUAUCUUUGUUUUAACCUAAAAUCAUGACUUUUUUCCUGCAACUUUUAUUAUCAGUUACAAAUAGGACUGAAGGUAAUGCUUAUUUUCUUAUUCCCUAUGAUGCUUUAACGAACUACUUUUCCCAUGAUUUCUGCCUAUUUAAGAUAUUUUCAUUUACUUGAUAGCAAAGACCAUAAUUGAAAACAAAAGAAUUUCUAUAUUUCUGAACUGGAGUGCUAGUCAUAUUAAUGUAGUUCAGUAUUUUGGGGCCAGUUGUGUGCAAAUCACUGCUAAGUUGUUGGAGCGUGUACAGUUGACCCUUGAAUGACACAGGUUUGAACUGCGCGAGUCCACUUAUACACAGCUUUUUGACAGUAAAUAUCUGUACUGUUUUUCCUCUAUUUCUUAUAAUAGCCAGUUUACUAUAGUCAUAGGUAUGUGUCCCCCAGUUUAAGAAGCAUGAGCUCAGUUGAUGGGUAUUCAUUAUAAGGAAGCCAUUUAAGCAAAGACUCUGGGUCCCAUGCUCUUAAGGUUAGACUGUGCACUAGGUUUCCUGGAGAACUGCACUGGUUGACACUACAUUGUGUAAGACGUGGGAUCUGAAGGAGCUGACCACCAAGGAAUGACAAUCUCUGGAGUUGAGUGAGGUACCCACACUUAAGCACUUCGUGCUCUUUACUUCUACAAGUCACCAUAAUUUUUGGUUUGAUAUUUACUACUCUUGGAUGCCACUCCUGAUAUGGAGAAGAUUGAGGAACAAUUUGCUAAUCUGAACAUUGUUAAGCGUUCCUCAGGAACUGAAGAGCCUACUUAUCUGCUUGGCAUAGACACAUCCAAGACUGUACAAGCAGAAAAAGGAAGCUUGGCUGCUGUUUUAUGUUCUAAUGGAUUAAUCAGAAUAUAUGAUAAAGAAAGGUUAAACGUACUACGAGAAUUUAGUGGAUAUCCUGGACUUCUUAAUGGAGUCAAGUUUGCAAAUUCUUGUGACAUUGUAUAUUCGUCAUGUACAGAUAGCACUGUAAAAUGUUGGGAUGCUCGAUUAGCCAGUGAAAAACCUGUCCAGCUGUUCAAGGGUUACCCUUCCAAUAUUUUUAUCAGUUUUGAUAUCAGCUGUAAUGAUCAUGUCAUUUGUGCUGGCACAGAAAAAGUUGAUGAUGAUGCAUUGUUAGUAUUUUGGGAUGCAAGAAUUAAUUCUCAAGAUUUGUCUACUACUAAAGACCCACUUGGGGCAUACUCAGAAACACAUAGUGAUGAUAUCACUCAAGUAUGUUUCCAUCCUAGCAAUCCUAACAUGGUAGUCUCAGGUUCAACAGAUGGCCUAGUAAAUGUAUUCGAUAUUAGCCUUGAUAAUGAAGAAGAUGCACUGGUUACAACUUGUAACACAGUUUCAUCAGUUAGCUGUAUUGGUUGGUCUGGGAAAGAUUAUAAACAGAUAUACUGCAUGACACAUGAUGAAGGAUUUUGUUGGUGGGAUCUUAAUAAUCUGGAUACUGAUGAACCAGUUACAUGUUUGAAUAUCCAGGAUGUUAGAGAAGUAAUUAAUAUUAAAGGAGGUAUUUUGGACUAUUUGAUUGGUGGCCUAUAUCAUGAAAAGAUGGACAAAUUAUUUAUUGUUGGAGGAACAAACACAGGAAUUAUUCACUUAAUGAGCUGUACUGCAUCAGGAUUGAAUCAUGUGACCAGCCUUCAGGGAGGGCAUGCUGCUACAGUCCGUUCUUUCUGUUGGAAUAUGCAGGAUGAUUCUUUGCUAACUGGAGGAGAAGAUGCACAGUUGUUACUUUGGAAACCUGGAGCAAUAGAGAAGACAUUUACAAAGAAAGACAACAUGAAAAUAGCAUCCUCUGUGUACCAGCGAGUUCGAACUCACAGUAAUGAUUCUUAUAAGAGAAGGAAAAAGCAGUGAUAUUACAUUGGGAGUUUACUUGAAAGAUUUUAUAGUUGCAAAUAACUAUUUUUGUGUACUACCUGGGGAAGAGAUGUUUAAAGCGUGUAUGUAAAAACAAGCCAGUUAGCAAACAGUACUAGAAAAAUGUUGAGAAUGGUUUAAUUCAGUCUUCAUGUAUGCUAAAAUUAUUUUUUAAAGACACCAGUUGAGUACAUAAUCAGUGAAUUGAAAGUAAAAUUACUUUCCUCAUUUUUAAAACCCAUCUGUUGAGUUAGUAAAUGUUGGGUUUUAAAAAAAUAGCUUUGAUAGGACUUUUUAGAAGUAGAUGGCUAGUAUGACUUAAAAAACAGGUGGUUUGGGCUAUUUUUUUUAGCUCAAUUUUUUACAUUUUAAAUCAUCUUUAUUAUUUAUAAAACCAAAUGAGACUUUUCUUUAUUUGAAGAGCUCCUACUUGCUUAAUGCACAUAGAUUACAUUGGAGUAUUUAAAUACAAAUAUUCUAAUGAGUCUAAAUAGAAUUCAACUUUUAGAAAUAAAAUUAUUUGUAUCUAGUUAAUAAAGGUGUUUAGUAAAUAUUUGAAUCUAUACUUUAAUAUUGUAGUUUAAACAGUAAACAGGUAUUUCACUGAUGAAAAGGAAAUUAUUUUGCAAAAUUCAUUUUGAGGCACAAAGUGAAUCUAUAGAAAUAAAAGUAUAAUAGCAGAAUGGCUGUUGUCAUUUCAAAAUACCCUAAUAUUUUGUGAUAAAACUUUCUUCCAUAGUUUCAUUCAUUAUUUUAAACCUGAAUUUUUGUUUACUGCUGAUUUUUUCAUUGUUUAAAAUAUUUCUUCAAAGAAUGUUAAUUACAAAGUUAAUUUCUGUAAAGGUUUGCUAUCUUUUCUUAUCCUUAAUAAAAAAAUAUCUUUAUAGAGUAUUUGUAAAAAUA